ACCACGAGGAGAAGAAUAUGACGACGGACUCGGGGGAGUUGUGUCUUUCGGCGGAGUGAGCAGCGCGAAUACUGGCGUCAAGUAGAGGAAUCCGAUGGUUUCGACAUAGAUGAUGUCAAAGUACCAUCAUCUAUGUAUGGAUUGAUCAAUGGAUUGCUUCCAUUCAACUGUACAAAUAACAGACGUUAUCCUUACCGUUUCGUGGUCAACCUUUAUGCUAAGGUGGGGCUUCAUCGUUACAAUAUGUUGGAGGGAACAAGCUUCAAGCACUCGGCCCUAAUGAAAUUCAACAUGGUAGGAGGCUUUAUGUCCUCUUUCUACAUGACUUUGCUUGCACACAAUCCAGAUCCAGCUGCUAGCACAUUGCAGAAAACCUUUCAGGUUCGAGUUGAUGAAGGAACAUUUGGCAGUUUGGAUAUAACAUGCUCCAUUGCUAGACCUAAAGAUGAAGUGACCACCAAGACGCCCUUCAUACCUCACUUUCAUGGUGGUACAGCAGCGGAUGGUAUCUUCAAAGGUGAAUUGCCUGAUUGGCCGUCAGAUGAUGCUUUCAAUGAUGGAAAACGGUUUUACAUGGUGAAGGAAUCAGAGUGGCAAGCCACUGAUUGGAUUCAUAUGUAUUUGGAACUUGUAAUUGCUUCACACUGUAGGUCGGCUGACUAUUUGAGCUCUGUUCUGUCUCAGUUGGAGAUUGUGAAAGUGGCGAUAGAAACUGCCAUUGAAGAUGUGGAGUCCCCAAAGGAGAGACUCAAUGCCAAAAUUGCACAUGUUUACAUAAAAUUUAAAGGCUUGGCAGAGCCUCAAGUCCCUAGGCAGGUUUUUGAGAUUGGUGAGCAUGUUGAACGCAAAGCUAUUGUUAGAAGAGUCAUCAGUAAGCAUACAGGAUACUUGACUCUCAUGGGUAAGCUUUGCGGUGGAACACUAAAGCAUCCUCGGGUUGAAAUAGAAACCGAGAGUUGUAAGAAGCGACCUUGCUUAGGCUAAUAAACCAAGUUAUUU